AUGCACCCAUCCCGCGGUGUCACGGAUGGCCGGGUGGGCGGGGCUUUCUUCUCAUCCCACCUCACAGCCCGAGUCUCCCCAUUCACUUCUGUUUCUCCACCGCGAUGGCUUCUUGGCUCCUGCUCUCCAGAAGCGAGCCUGCGAGCCUGCGUAGAACUUCCAAAGGUGAAACCCUGCAGAGAGUCCCCUGGAGCUAUACCUCUUGACUUAGAAAUAGACCUGAAAUCCAAUAUGGGAGAAGGUGACUGGUUCCGGAAGAAACUGUGCAGAAGGACGGCUGACACAGGUCUAGACUUGAACAGUAAUGGACUAACAGCAGUGGAUGCGAAGGAAGCUGACCUGGAAGAACCAGACGUCUCCUGGGAUGAUUUUGCCAGCGGGACCCUCCACUCUCUCCCUCAGCAAAUGCCUGUUAGCAAGUUAAAGGUCCUGAGGCUGAGUAGCUGCAGACUUACCCCUGAGGACGUUCAAACACUGGGAGGCGCUCUUGAAAUGAUACCUGACCUUGAAGAACUGAGUUUAUCCUGGAACGGCAACGUCGGAGGAAAGUUGCCCCAGAUUCUCUGCACAUUCCAACGAGGGAGCAAGAUUCGAACACUUGAACUUGUACACGGUGUCCUCACAUCACAGGACGGAGUGUUUGUGGAUAAGUGGAGUUGGAAGAAUUUGUCCCAGAAAGAACAUAGGAAAGAUGCCUGUAAUGCUGCCUUUGCAUCCUUGGGUGUGCUGAGGAUUCUGGACCUCUCCUGCGACAAGGAACUGGGUGGAGGCUUUGAGGAUGCACCUGUUCAGCUGGCUACACAGUUCCUUGCUUUGGUUGUCCCUUUACUCUCCAAUCUGGAAGAACUGGAUUUGUCACCCAACAGAGAUGUGGGCGGCGGCUCCUCAGAGAACCUACUCAGCAGGCUGUGGUUUUUACCAGCACUGAAGUCCUUGCUGAUUAACAGAAGUGUUUUACAAAGUGAGACUUUCACAGCCCCUUGCGGAAGCCUCCGUGUACCCCCCCCUGCUCUGGAGAUACUCAACAUUUCCUGGAAAAAGUGUGUUGGUGGGAACCUAGAGCUGCUUCAGCAAACACUAAAGUUGUCAAGGUCGCUUCGAGUGCUACGUCUGAACAGCUGUUGCCUGGUAACAGAGGGUGAGGUGCUCCUGGGUUUGGGUGUUCCCUCCAUAUCGGCUUAG